CCCAGCUUCAUGAUCACACACGAGCAGAACCGAGGAACACAUUGUCUCAGUUUACGACAAAGUGUAAGCUCUCUUAAAACUGAGUAGCAACGCGGACUCGGCUGAGACCCCCACUACAGGACGGAGUCCACACUUCUGAGGAUUUAACACGAAAAACAACACCACUUUCGGAAUAAACUCGACAGCACGACGCGACAGGACGUGAAUAGGUUAUUUUACGGAUAUGAAGACCAAAAAGGGCAUGCUGGCCACAUCUGGCAGUGAGACAGAAGAUGAGGAUACCAUUGAUGUCCCCCUGGAUCUGUCUUCAAAGCAUGGAUCUGCAGCCAAAAGAAAACGAAGAGGGAACCUGCCUAAAGAAUCUGUACAGAUUCUUAGAGAUUGGCUUUUUGAACAUCGCUAUAAUGCCUAUCCUUCAGAACAGGAAAAAGCAUUGCUAUCAAAACAGACUCAUCUCUCCACACUUCAGGUAUGUAACUGGUUCAUUAAUGCUCGUCGAAGGCUUCUUCCAGAGAUGCUACGCAAGGAUGGUAAAGACCCAAAUAAGUUUACUAUUUCACGUCGUGCCAGCAAGGUGUCUGAGGGUGUAAGUGACAACUUGCAUUCACCCAAACAUGACCACCAUGAGCCUGGCUCACCUGCCUGUAAUACCGGUUACCCGAGAAAAGCCACAUCACCCACAAUGCCACAUUCACCCACUCUUGCACGUCCUUCAGUCAUUUGCCACACUACCAUCACGGCUACAGGCACAAAGGUUGAAGGGACCGCAGAGCUAGCAGUCUUCAGCUGUACAUCAGCAACAGGACUGGGCCCUGAAUUCAACACCCCACCACCUACACCUCCUGAUCUGACAGCACAAGACUUCAGUGGGUUCCAGCUGCUUGUAGAUGUGGCAUUGAAGAGAGCUGCUGAGAUGGAGCUACAAGCGAAACAAGUGCUUGCCUAAAUACUGGAAAUAAUUGGAUAAGUGGAGGAUUUAAUUUUAUAAACUUGACCCUAACCCCUUUGCAGUGUACUUUGCAAGGUGAUGGGAUUGUGACUUGGUGAGAAAGGUUUGAUGAAUUGUAGAGUCCUCAUCAUUUCUAUUUUUGCUAAAUAUGCAUUCAGGUGUUGCAUAUUUGUUAGUAGAAUACACAUUUUAAGGUGCCUUGGCCGUCAACAUAUUUUUGUAUUUCAUUUAUGUAUAAAAAAAUAUAUAUAUAUUCUUUUUUUUUGCACACAGGUGACCAAAAAUGCACAGACUAAGACUUAAGACUGUAGAUUUUGAGAAGAGAGACACAUUUUGAGUUUUUCAGUAAGUUUUUUUUCUUUUUUCUUUGGAUUUUAGUUAAGUUUUUUUGUGAUCACCCGAAACACAUCCCCCAAACACAAACACUGCCUCACUUUUAGAAAAUGGUUCUGCGGUUUGUUCUGCCCUAAUGUUUGCACAGUAUGGCAAGUCAUCUUUCUUCCUUCAUCUCUCUAAUUUACUGUUAUCACUACUGUUCCAGGUCAUACAUAUAGUAUUGUACUUAAGAUUUUUUAAUUUUGUUUCAUAAUGUAUAGAAAAAAAAAACUUGCAUUUUCUUUUUAGAUCAUGUAUGUGUUUUCCCUUUUUCUUUUUAGGGAUAUUCAGAUGUAGCACAACUACAGUAUAGAAUUUUCACAGAACACAGUGUAGAAAUAGCCAGUGAAUAUGCUCCUCCUUCUAAACGCAAUUACACCUAAAUAGUUGCUUGAUUCACCCUAUCCCAAAAAGUCUCAACCCACACUCUCUCCAAACAUCUUAAGAGUUUGAGGGAUGAACACUACAUAUUUUCUGUGUAUGGAAUAAUCCCUAUAGUUUUCAUUGUGUUAAGACAUCACUACCCAGGCUUGGAAAGCAAAUUAUUGUGUAUCACAGAAAUGGAGAAAGCCAGAAUUAAUUCCAAAUGGUUUUGGGACCCUUGUUUUCAUGCAUUGUAGUCAUUGUCUCCUCUUUUAUAUUGUGCAAUGUUUGUGUCAAAAAGAGGUCACAUUCAAAUAAAGUUUUGUUUUCUAUGAAA